AUGGGGAUUCUCGACUCCUGGAUGGCGAUGAGUGCCGUGCCUCAGGCAGAGGGUCCUCCGACUCCGAAAGAGGAUGAGGCAAAAGAUGCCCCAGAGAAGGACACAGGGAUUGUCGUCCAGGUAGGUUCUCUGGAGCACCGUCAGAGUUUCGCGGCAAUGGUCCAGGCGGAUCUCGAAGCUGCUGCCGAAAGGAAAAGAAAGAAACCGGAUACCUUAUUUCACCGUCUUGAUCCCUCCAAUUCUGGAGUCACAAUUCAAUUCCACCAGGAAAAGCACGACGAACUUCCCAACAUGACUCGACUGGUGAAACAUGACGCCAAGCCCAGCUACCAUUACACAAUUGUUUCCGAGGCAAGCAAAAUGGUGAGAGAGCCCCUGAUCGUUGGCAACCGUAACCUGCGCUGCAAACUCUUUUGGCUGCCUAUUCAGGUCCGAUUCAAGAUAUAUGAGGCUUUCUUCAUGCAUGACCUCAGUGCUGUCGAAGUCGGCAGAGUCAGGAGCGUUAGAUUGGCGAAACUGGCAUUCCUCAGCACAUGUCAUACCAUCUAUCACGAAUGCUCCAUUGCCCUUUACCAUUGUCUGAGUUACCGCACACUUUUCCUUAGAACAUAUGGUUCGUACUCUGCGGAUUUCUUUCGACGCAUACCUAGACCACUUAAAUGCUGUCGCUGUGUGACCCACCAUAAGUACCUCGAGUACCCUUGCCGCACUCCUCCCUCCAUGUGGAAGAGAUCGUAUGAAUCAAUAUUCCUCUUGCUGGGAUCAGAAGACUUCAGAGUUGCUUUACAGCGCCGCUGGGCUUUCUCGGAAUUCAUCACAACUUUGAGAAUGCGAGAGCCUCUGAAGGUCUAUUCCUUGACCGUUGUCGUCAAUGACAAUUGGAAACUCCGUGGUUUUGACGAAAAAGACCUGGUUAAGGCCCUGUUUAGCGGCGCAUUCGAGUUCCUUGGACAGUUGCGUUUCAGAGGUUUCAAUGAGGAAGAGCGAAACACGCUGUGUCAGCUCGUGCAUGGCCUGAGGAUCCACACCGUCAGGAUCGAGAGACCAAAGAAGAAGUACCAGGGAACUGGAUUCGCGAUUUGGAUCUGUGAGUUCUUCUUUUCCGCCACUCUCUUCAGGUUGGGUCUCGAUUUAAAGACAUUGGAGUACAAGAUCUAUGAUGGCGAAGAAAACAUCCCUGUCUGGCUCGGCGGCUUCUAG